AAUAGGAUGGAGGCAAGCACAUGCAAAUUACACUUAAUAUGCACUAGAUACAUGUAUUUGUAUGUAUAUAUGUAUCUAGAAAACCAGAUACGUUAAAUGAGUGGAAACCGAGAUGGGAGGGAGGCGAACGAGAUUUGUAAUACGUGAAUCUAGUUGAUUACCUCUAAAGCAAAUAUUGCAAUGUAACACAAGAUUCAUAAUAUUGCAAAUUAUCAUACAUCUACGUAAUUAUCUUCUAAACUACUGGAAAUUCUUUGAGUUACCCUUCUUUUUUCCUGCUUCUUUUGUAAAACAUUAUGACGGUGUCAAAAGGAAAGUAUCGAGUAUAGAUCCGAUCAAACUCAAUAGAUUUAGUUCAAAUUUUACAUUGGUUGUAUCACCCCCUAAAAUAAGUCCUGCAAUGUGUAAUCUGAAUUUAAUCAGAACUCCAAUCCAAAUGUCAGAUACAGCUAAUAGCUACGCCCCAAGAAAUGAGCGGUACCGCUUACUCGCUAGAAAUCGGCAUGGCUUACAAAUGUAAUUACGUAAACAAAACAAAAAUACAAAAAGAGAAUAGAAAACUCCAAAUUAUAUAUUAACUUUUGAUCCAAAACUUUCUCAACUGCCACUUUCCCACCUAUACUUUUAGAAACUUCAAUUUUAUUACACAAAACAACAAAACAAAACAUCAUCAUUAAGUAAUAAAAUAGAUAAAUAAAUAGUUCCUUUCUUCUUCCUUUCUUUCACAUUUAGCUUCAAAAAAUGAUACUUGUUUCUCUUUUACUAUUAAUUUUGCAUCUAUUGAGUUCAAGUUGUGAUGAGUAUUUUAUAAAUGAUAGAAAUAAUUUGACUAAAUCAGAUGUGGAUUUAAUAGAGUUUCCAUUAAAUAUAGAGUAUAUGGAAGCUGAAUUUUUCUUGUGGGGUUCUUUGGGGUAUGGCUUAGAUAAGUUUGCACCUCAACUUGUUGAUGGUGGACCAAAGCCUAUUGGUGUUAGAAUUGCUAAACUUAGUCCUCUUAUAAGAGAUGUCAUUGCUCAAUUUGGAUUUCAAGAAGUUGGUCAUGUCAGGGCAAUCAAGAGUACAGUAAGAGGAUUUCCAAGGCCACUCCUAAAUCUAAGCAGAGAAUCAUUUGCAACAGUGAUGAAUGAUGCAUUUGGACAUCCAUUACAACCAUCUUUUGAUCCUUAUGCUAAUGACAUCAACUAUCUUCUUGCCUCUUAUGUCAUCCCUUAUGUUGGACUUACAGGAUAUGUUGGAGCUAAUCCUAAACUCCACAGUCCUACUGCCAAAAGACUAAUAGCAGGACUACUGGGAGUAGAAUCAGGUCAAGACGCAGUUCUAAGAACUUUGUUGUACGAGCGAGGGAGAGAGAAUGUAGAACCUUAUGGGAUAACGGUAACAGAGUUCACCAACCGAAUAUCAGAGCUGAGGAACAAGUUGGGACGCCAAGGAAUCAAAGAUGAAGGACUUAGAGUGAAACCAAAGUUAGGUGCUGAAGGGAGCAUAAGGGGCAACAUAAUUGCAGGGGGCAAGUACUCGCUUUCCUAUGACAGAACGCCGGAGGAAAUACUCCGGAUAGUGUAUGGGAGUGGGCACGAGAGUAAACCGGGUGGAUUUUACCCGAAUGGAGCGAAGGGUCGGAUAGCCAAAUCAUAUCUUUGAGUUGGAUGACUCUAGUUGAAUCAGAAAAAUGUAAAACUGUUGCUUCCUGCCUAUUGAAUGUCUAAUAAUAAAGUGGGUAGAAGUGAUUGUUGGGUAUA